AUUAUAAAUAGUGACAUGAAACCUGUAAUCUGUAGAUGUUUCCUUAUUAUUGAUUUUAUUUGCAGGAGACCGACAGAUGACCUUUCGCCAGAAGAACGUGAUGCCAGAACAGUGUUCUGCAUGCAACUGUCGCAGAGGAUCAGGGGACGUGACCUCGAAGAGUUCUUCUCAUCGGUUGGAAAGGUACGAGAUGUAAGACUUAUCACCUGCAACAAGACGAGGAGGUUCAAAGGUAUUGCCUACAUUGAGUUUAAAGAUCCGGAAUCAGUUCCCUUGUAA